GCUCCUGUCUCUUGUGUCUAUCACUCUUCGCAUGCACCGCGUCCAUGCACCAUCGGCCGGCAGAAACACGCCCUCGUCCUGAACAGCACGCAAGCAACACGCACGACGCAGCCCGCCGAAUGGUGUCUGUCGACGCGACGCCGCGAGGGUAGUAACGCCGCCAUGACCUCGACUCGCGGCGCUGGUGGUGCCCUCGUGACAGGUGGUGCGGAGUGAUGUCGAGCAAAGAGGCGCUGAACGAAUGGCUGCAGGCGGCGAUGGCGGCGGCGGCGGGUCCGGGCGCCGACUGGGCGUCGCCGGGCGCCGAGUGCGUCAUCUGCUCGCUGCACACGAAGCCGCCCGCCGCCGACCUGCGGAGGACCGGCCGACGGGCCGAUCCACCACCGUCGUGCUUCUUCUUCGAUUCACAUCCACAGGAGGACGUGGUUCUGGUCGGCGGCAGCUCGUUUCCCACAGACCCGCUGGUCAGCCUGCCGGGCGACCUGUUCGAGCUGCAAUUUCCGUCGCCGUCGCCCUUGAUCGAGGCAGCGUGCGACGCCGGCCACGUCCCUCUGUCCACCAACAUCAACAACAACAACACGUCCAACUGCAACAACAACGUCUUCACCUCAGCCGAGCAGCAGCAACAGGACCUGACCGCUUCCGUCUUUGAAUUCGCCGCCGCUUUCAGUCCAGACGCCAGUUCGGCGUUCACCUCUUCCGACGCAGGUCCUGAUGCCCAUCUGCAGCAACCCUCCAUGUUCGACGAACAGCAGCCCUCCACGAUGCAUCAGCAAGAGCAUGAGACGUCCUUUCACCUGCAGGACGCCGCCGCCGACUCGUCCAGUCUGAUGACGAUCACAGCAUUCGAACCCGCCCCCACGGACACCCCGCCGUCCCGAUUUCCAGCAGACGCAUCGUCCGCCCUGUCCGAGCGCUUGGACGACUGGGAGGAUGGCGAGAUCAGGGAGGACGCCGCCCUUGCCUCGACCGACCCCUCCGACUGGUCCCUCCAUCAGUCUUCCGACGAUGACGACCUGCACCUGCACCACCACCACGCGGCCAUCGACACCUCCGGUCUGCUCAAGCUCAACUACGUGCGACGCAGCCUGGCGUCGCCCCCGCAGACAAUAGCACAACCCUUAUCAGUCAACGUCCCACCACCACCACCUGUCGCAGACAACCGCCACACACCGACCCCCCCGGUCGGACCAGAAGACCUGCGAGAUUUGCUCGACGACUACGACGACCUCGUACACGACGGCCUCUCGCCGGUGGCCCAGAUGCUGCAGCACGCGAGCCAGGGUGGCCGCCAGAUCGCCGGCCUCAUCGGCUCACCACAGCCGCUGCAGCCCAAAAUCGUCAUCGAGGUGACCGAGGCCGACGAGGACGAGCAGGUGCCAAGUGGCCCCAACGACGCCGUCGCGCUCAAGAUCAUCGAGCAGAUCACCUCGCACGUGGUCAGCCAGCUGGGCAGUGCCUCGCCAGGGCCCCUCAGGGCAGAGAACGGCAGGCCCUGCCCGCCAAAGAAGGCCGAGCAGACGACCAGGCGUCCCAGGAACUCGUCGUCGUCCAAGGAAAACGAAGAAGAGGAGGAUGCGGCAGAAGAUAGCCGCGCCGUCAAGAAUCUUGCCAAUCGUAGUGUCGUUAGCAGAGCUAAGGAGGAAAAGGCCAUUAGUUUAAAGCAGCCAGACUUGUUGAGCAGACUGCCGACCAACCUGGAAAUCGCAAACGCUAUCAACUUUGAUGAAAUUGAAGCUGCAGUCAAAGAGGGACUGCAAGCGGAAUUAAAUCAAAGCUUUGCUAUGUCGUCCAUGGAUAUGAGGAUUAAGACCAAGGCUGCCCGCAAGUCGUUUCAAGAGCUGAGUGCGGCGCCCACUGCUUCCGUCAAGACCAGCAAGCCUGUGCUGGUGAAGCCCCCACCAAAGAGCCAAAAGAGCCGAAUCAUCACUUCAGAGACCCAGAAGAAAGGUGACGCUGCCCAGGAAAUGGCAACUCAACCUCAGACAACCAGGAAUCUCAAAACUAUCGACAUGUUUGCUGACAAAGCUAACUUGUCAAAGAUAAAACAUGCUGCUUUACAAAAAGAGCCAUUGGUCUUAGAGGAAAAUCCAAUCAACUUAGAGGUGGAAUUGAGCAAGCAAAAGAGUUCUCCCGUGGAGAAAGAGAGGGCCCCGUCCGAGUCCGUGUUAAAUUGUAAGGAUAAGCCAUCCACCAACAAUAGGAACGAAACGUCCAACCCAGGAGAAUCAAGUGAUCCGUCACAGAGUUGCGUCCAGCCCCAGACACAACAAACUGUUGAAAAGCCAAACAAAACCAAAGGAAAACCAAGGAAAAGGAGAAAUAGCUAUUUGAAGCCCAGGAAGGGCCAGAUCAGCAAGAAAAGCAGAUCCGGCUUAGAAACCAGCGAGCCAGAUAAUGAGACCUGGGAAAUAAACAUGCAUCCUGAAACUAGCAAGAAAUCCCCUCUGGAUAUUGAUGGACAAAGAAGUGUCAAGAGGAAGUCAGAUUCAAUAUCUGGUCCAAAUCCUGCCUCAACUUCAUCCUCGAGGCGAAGUUCAAUCUGCUCGGGAUAUACUGCCCACCCAAUGAGUGGAUUAAGUCAAUUGAACAUUGAGGAAAGCUUCACAGGAUACGAGCCCAAAGACCAGCACGACUGUGUUGUCGUUGAGAAGCCCAAAAAUUUGAAGAUGAAACUGACAAGGCUCACUAGCAAAUCUGGAGUGAUCGAGAACCCUUUGGAGUCGGAGAUGACCACUUUGAUUGAAACUGGCAGGCAGUUGAGGAGAAGCAGGCGACUAUCUAUGGGCUACCGUGAUUCUUGCGAACAUUUGGAGCAAAACGACUCCACUAAAGUCCCGUCAUUUUCUCCGAGUGCUGAUCAGUCGAUCGGAAUGGAAGGGCUUCCUGAGAGCAAUACAGCCAGCAUUGAGACAUUCACUGAAGACAUAAUUCAAGACACUCCAAAGGAAAAUCAGCAGUCUUGCUUUGAUGAUCUUGAAAAUAUCAAGAAUUACCUGGAUGUUACUACAAAUACAAAUUCCUCUGAACCAGCUGACAAAACUGAAGAAUCGAUUUUAGGGUUGCCCUCAAUGCUAUUUGAAAUUGGAACUGGCAUGCAAGCUCAGCAAGAGAAUUUACAAUUAGGUGUGUUAGAAUCCGAAAUAAUGACAACUUCCACGGAGUGCAUCCAGUCUACUGACAGCCCUAGUGACAAUUGUGAAUUAAUUUUGCCUGACCAGCCCGCUGAGCCAGUGGCAUCUGGAAAUGAAUCCAAGACUGAACUUCCAAAUGAAAAAGGUUCUUGUGGGUUCUCGAAUGCAUAUAUCGUUGACAAAUUGAGUGGAUACACUUAUAUUAUGAAGGGGGCAGUCCCAGGCCCUAAGUCAAUCGUGCUUAUUGCCCCAACAGGCACCCUCGAAGAAGUUGCAAAAAAUAUCAGAGAAAGCUAUAAAACAGAUGUAAAAGAAAGACCUCUGAACCUCAAUUCAUCUACCAGAGAGCUCCUCAAUAAUGUGGAACCAACUUCUAUGGAGGAUGAACCUUUGGAGCAGAAUAACGGCGGUCAGGAGAUCCAAGAAUUGAGCACCUCAGUUGAGAAAGUUGAUCCACCAGUACUAGAUCAGGCCAAUAUGUUGGAGGCAGUGGAAGAAGUUAACCCACCAGUAGAGAACAGCUCUAACUCGGAUACAACUGCAGAGGACAAAGUCUCAAGCACUGACGCUGGUGACAUGGAGGUUGUUGAUCCAAUUAUGGAGCAGAAGCAAGUUGAAACAUCUGAUGCAGCUUGUGUAGAAAGCAUAUGUGCUAAAGUGCAAAUAGCAGUUGAUGAGGGAGGUAAACUGGCACAAGAUAAACCAACAUUACCAGUCGAUGACAUUAAGAACCACACCAACAAAGAAAAUAUUGCUACAGAGACUGAGAGAGACAUCAAAACUGAUCAAGAGAAACGAGAGCCUGCAGCUAGAAAAUCAGUGGCGAAGAGAAGCGAGGCCAUGGUGUCCAAAGGGACCAUGUUGCUCAAAAGGAAAAUGAUUGAACGGAACAGAAGGUCUCAAGAAAACAAGCACUUUUACAAGCGUUUGAAGCAGUCAAAGAAUGUGUGCAGAUUGAACAAGACCAAGACAUUAGCAGGCGAGGAGCUGCACAAGCAAGCCGCGUCGGAGAAAGAGAGUUUUGUUGCAGCAGUUCGUGUGCAACUAGACUCUGUUACAGAGAGGCAAACUACCUCGAGCCAGGAGCAUUCUGAGCCGGUAGCUGUUGAUAAAGAGCAGGUGGCUCCAAAUUUCGAGACAAAGUCGCCAAAGCUAGACACCUGGAUGGAGGAGGCUGUUCGAAUGGGCUUGUACCAGCUGGACCAGAGGAGAGUGGACACCUUGUACCCACUGAAGGAGGACCUGGACGAGGAAGAUUUCGACCUGAGUGAUGCCAAUGGUGGUUUGUUGGUCAACAAAAAACGGUCACCUGAAGAGGAGACUGUAAAUGUGCACCAGAAGUACAUCUGCGUUUUGGAACGCAGUCUGCAUAAGACGAAGAUGCAGUUGAUCGCCCUGAAGAAGGCCAACCUGAAGCACCUGCAAGCGAGCGACACCAUGCUCUCCCAUUACAGAUCUGCCAUUGACUUUCUAAUGGCAAAGGUGCUUUCGGAACAGCCAGUGCUGCCGACCGGCACCGCAGCCAUCGAUGUCAUCGUCGAGGCUAGCAAGCAGCGUCUCGGCAACAAGAAGCACUAAUAAUUUAUAAUCCAUCCCGCACCACUGCUUUCCUUAUUGAUCUUCAGGAAUAUGUAUUUGCAGCUGGGCUUGAGGAUUUGGAAAGGCUCUAAGUCCUGAGAACUAUUAAUUAUUAUUAGAAACAGCGUUAUUUAUGUUACUGAUUCUCUCCAAUUCAAAAUUGGCAAAAAUAUUGUGUUGACUAUAAUUAAGCGUUGAAAAAGGUCCAUUUUUAGUGAUGAUAUAUCGCCAAACAAUUAUUACCAACCAGUCAACCGUUCCUGUUAAGAAAAUGAUCCGUGCCUGGUACUGAUUUGCUAUGAUAUGCUUUUCACUAGCAUAAGAUAAUUAUUUACUUUUAUCACUCGUAAGUUUGUCCCGAGGGAAACAUACAUUACAUAACUAAUGCGCUACAAUCAUGCCCUUCAGUCAAUUGUAUGUACUGUAAGGUGCGUGUGUCAUUAUUAUCAUUCCCAGCUCUUUCUUUAACCAAAUGCGUGCAAGGCACAGUGUAACCAAGAGUGCUAAAAUAACUUACAUUUUCAUUUUUCCAUCUUCUGUAGUGAUGAGAUUCUUAUGUUGUUACGAGUGGUGAGGCUGCUGAGAUUUCCUGUCUAUCAACCACAUUAAUACCAAUAAAGUUACAACAACAUUAUACAUCAAUUAA